AUGUAUAUAUUUCCUGGCAGGGAACGACGACUGACCUGGCACCUCCUUGCCUUCUCGUUGGCCAUUCAGGAGAUCAACCAGAAUCCCAGGUUCUUACCAAAUAAUAUCACCCUUGGCUACACUGUCUAUGAGAACAAUAUGCAUCCCAGGGUGACGUAUGAUGCUUUGCUAGACCUUCUACCCUCUGGCCAGGAGACCAUUCCGAACUACAAAUGUGGCAGGAAGCAUCAUCUGUUGACUGUUCUUGAAGGGUCGGAGUCUGGCAUCUCCAUUGAUGUUUCAACACUCUUGAGCCCCUACAAAAUCCCUCAGCUUCACCGUUUCCUGAGACACUCCCACAUUCACAACUCUUCCGCGGGUGGAACGGAUUUGGGUGAAAAUAGGGACCUGGAAGCCAACUUAGAUAUUGUAAACACAGUCAUCUUGCAGAACUACUCUGUUCUGAGUGUGAAAGUUGGGAGUAUAGAAAGACAGGCCUCGGGGGAGAUGAACCUGACCAUUGAUCAGGAUGCGAUUGUGUGGCCCACCUGGUAUAAUCAGAUGCUGCCGCAUUCCAGGUGUACCAAGAGCUGCCUCCCCGGAUAUGUGAAGGUGAAGCUGGAAGGAAAGCCCAUCUGCUGCUAUAACUGUGCUCUGUGUGGAGAAGGGACCAUCUCCACUCAAGAAGAUGCACAUCACUGCACCAAGUGCCCAGAAGAUCAGCAUCCCAACCUGGACCACACUCAAUGCAUUCCCAAAGAUAUUACUUUCCUAUCUUAUGAAGAUACUUUGGGCAUUAUCCUCAUUGUGUUGGUCCUGUUCUUCUCCAUAGUCACACUUCUAAUUCUAGGAAUCUUCAUUAAAUAUAUUGACACGCCAAUAGUCAAAGCCAACAACCGAGACCUCACCUACAUUCUUCUCAUCUCGCUCCUGCUUUCCUUUCUGUCCUCCCUUCUGUUCAUUGGCCAGCCAAGGUGGGUGACCUGCCUUCUCCAACAAACCACCUUCAGCACUAUCUUCUCUGUUGGUGUCUCUUCCGUGUUGGCCAAAACAAUCACUGUGGUGGUGGCCUUCAUGGCCACCAAGCCAGGAAGCAGGAUGAGGAAAUGGCUGGGGAAGAGUUUGGCAAACUCUAUCAUCAUUGUUUGUUCCAGUGUUCAAAUGGGCCUCUGCCUCAUCUGGCUGGGCACCUCUCCUCCCUUCCCAGAGUUUGACCUCCACUCCCAUCAUGGAGAGAUGAUACUGCAAUGCAACGAAGGGUCUGUGGCCCUGUUUUAUGGUGCCCUGGGCUACAUGGGCUUCCUGGCUGCCAUCUCCUUCACAGUGGCUUUCCUGGCCAGGAAGCUUCCUGGGGCCUUCGGCGAAGCCAAGCUGAUCACCUUCAGUAUGCUGGUCUUCUGCAGUGUGUGGAUGUCCUUUGUGCCCACCUAUCUAAGCACCAAGGGGAAAUACAUGGCAGCUGUGCAGAUCUUCUCCAUCUUGGCCUCCAGUGCUGGCUUGCUGGGUUGCAUCUUCUUUCCAAAAUGCUACAUCAUUAUAGUGAGGCCUGAUUUGAAUACCAAGGAACAUCUAAUGGCAAAAAUGUUAUCUAAUUCUUAG